ACCAUUCUGCAGCCUGAGAAGCCAGGGCUCCCCACCAGCUCCCAGCCACCUGGAACCGCCAGGUCCCCGGGAGAGGGGGGCGGAACUCUCACGCCAACCAUCUCCCGGGGCAACAGCGCGGCCGCACUUCCGGCAACUUCUCGAGUCAACGGACGCCACUAUUAUACGUCAUUUCCUCCGCUCCUCGUAGGCAAACGGACGCGACUGCCGUAAACUACUGUUUGACGGUAGAGUAAGCAUGUCUUUUCGAGGCGGUGGUCGUGGAGGCUUUAAUCGAGGUGGUGGCUUCAGUCGCGGCGGAAGCAACAACCACUUCCGAGGUGGAGGCGGUAAUUUCCGAGGCGGCGGUGGUGGUAGAGGAGGAUUUGGACGAGGAGGUGGCCGCGGAGGCUUUAACAAAGGCCAAGACCAAGGACCUCCGGAGCACGUAGUUUUAUUAGGAGAGUUCCUGCAUCCCUGUGAAGAUGACAUAGUUUGUAAAUGUACUACAGACGAAAAUAAGGUGCCUUAUUUUAAUGCUCCAGUUUAUUUAGAGAACAAAGAACAAAUUGGUAAAGUGGAUGAAAUAUUUGGACAACUUAGAGAUUUUUAUUUUUCUGUUAAAUUGUCAGAAAAUAUGAAGGCAUCUUCCUUUAAAAAACUGCAGAAGUUUUAUAUAGACCCAUAUAAACUGCUACCACUACAGAGGUUUUUACCUCGACCUCCAGGUGAGAAGGGACCUCCAAGAGGUGGUGGCAGAGGAGGUCGAGGAGGAGGAAGAGGAGGAGGUGGCAGAGGUGGUAGAGGUGGUGGUUUUAGAGGUGGAAGAGGAGGUGGAGGUGGAGGCUUCAGAGGAAGGGGUGGUGGUGGUUUCAGAGGGAGAGGACAUUAAGUGUAAGAGUUGGCAGAGAAACUUCCUGCAUGAUCUACGUCAAUGGCUCAGAAACUUGUUUCUUGAGCAAGUCUGGAAGAACUGGUCAUUUUAUGACGGUGGAACUAAAAUGUCAUCACCAUGCAAAAAUGAGUACAACAGAAUAAGCGAUUUUGCUCUAAAAGUAUGAACAAAUGUUUAAAUGUUUUGUAUAACGCUUGGAACUCUGGGGGCUUAAUAAAUGGGCAGUUUUCAUUUGAAGCAUACUUGGAAUUUUUAAAAUAAAAUGUUUUAUUUCUUUAACUUAUAA